AUGCCAUUGACGAAUAUUUCUUUGAACACACCAGAUUUAAAUCGUUUGCAUCCUAUAAUUAUAUUCACAAGACCUAUUCAAGACGGAGUGUUGAACCGUAGUACAUUGAUCAAAGGACUGACUAACAUGAUAAGACACAAGGAGAUUGAGAAUUAUUUCUGUUUUACUGAACUCGCUCUAAAUAAUUUGGAUUUAGAAAACAUCGACAUCAUCGGUGAUUAUAUAUCUUUAAAAAAGUUGGAGAUACAUCAUAAUGUCAUACAAGAUUUGAGCGCUUUAAGUAGUCUUAACGAGUUGGAGUACUUAGACGUGUCCCACAAUUGUUUGAAACAAAUAUUAAACUUCAGACCACCGAAGAUGUUAUACCAUGCCGAUUACUCGAACAACAAUAUCGAAGAUAUGGACGAUUUGUCUAAUUUUUGGAGUAUAGCAUACUUAGAUCUAUCGUACAAUUCCAUCAAACACGUAAACGGGCUAUCGGAAUUAAAUCAUUUGAUAUUCCUGAAUUUGUCUCACAAUGGUAUAAAACAUAUACAUUAUUCACUACCAUGUUCCUUGAUGGAAAUAAACUUGUCUUACAACGAUUUAGAAACUAUACAAUUGGACAUGUCCUCAAGUAUGUGUGAAAUACUCGACUUGUCACAUAACAAACUAAAGUUGCUUGAUUUUCUAAAAAAUGCCAAACAGUUGUCCGUAUUGAAUUUACAAGCUAAUAUGAUCGACGAUGUACUGCAAGUAGAAUACAUAAAGACGCUUACAAAUCUUCGCCUUUUAAAUGUCGAAAACAAUGAUUUUCUCAAAUUAAAUAUUCACAAACAAUUGAUAUUUUCAAACAAUUUGCCAUUAAAAGCAACCAUUGAUCAAACAUUUAUAAAAAUUGAUGACCUGCAGGAGUUAAAUGAAAUGGAAAUUCAUUCAUUGCUUAUGGCAGAAAAGAAUGUAUUAAAAUCUACUGUUUUAGAACAUUUAUCUGCAGGAAGAUUGUCUUUAGGUGCAGUAAAUUACUGUGGAUACAAUUACCGACUACUUCCGAUGGUAAUUUUGGUGGGUCCACCAAAAACUUACAAGAAAGAGCUUUUGAAUACGAUAUUUAGGAAACACGCUGAUAAAUUUUAUGCAGCAAUUAUUUAUACGACGAACGAAAUUUGUAAAAAUAGAACAUUAAAAACAAUUUCAGUUGCAGAGUUCAAUAAAAUGAAUUCUACCGGAGAAUUUGUGUUUAGCUACCGAUUUUUAGGAAAUUCUUAUGGUUUAAGCAAAGAUCAAUUAUCCAAAUGUACUGAUGAAAAUAAGGUACUAAUCACGUUCUCAAAUUUAGAAGGCGCGUUAAUUUUAAAAAAUAAAGGCUACAAUCCAACAUUCGUGUUGGUAUUACCAGAAGACAAGUUAUCAUACAAAAUACAUAUAUACGAGAGUAUACAAAAAUAUUAUAUGAAUCAAAACCGAUCAAUAAAUGAAAAUAAGUCAGCACUAAAUAAAGGAACAGAUGGACAAUAUUUUAAUGAAACGGAUAAUAACAGUAGCAGUAGCCCAAACCCUGAUGGUUUCUCGAUACAAUCAAAUACUGCUGCUGCAGUUUGUUCGUUGGAAACUAACACGAAUGCUGCUGAAGAAAGUGAAACAAUUGCAUACAGAAAUAAUGAUAUUAAAGACGAUUUCAACGAUCCGGUUUUCAAUGAUCCUUGUACAAUAUUUACUAAUGAAUGUAUGAACAAUCUUAAUAUAUAUCACAACCUAUAUGAAAAAAGCUUGGACGUAUUUCAUUCUUUGGUUUUCAUUGAUAACUUUCAAAAUGCGACAAGAGAAGUAAUGACGAUUAUGAUUGACGUUUAUAAUAAAUUCCAAACUAAUCAAAAGACAAAAAUCCAAAAACAACCAAACAAACAUACGCGUGAGCAUUUACAAGUUCGUCACAAACUGUUAUGUAAUGAACUUUACCAAUGA